ACAUCCUUUUCCUUAUUUACUUUGUUUUACUGAUGUGAUUCAAUAAAACAAUAAUGGGUGUGUAUCCAGUAACUCUCCUUCCACUAUUUGUUUUGUGCAUUGAUAGUUUUUUUGUGUUUUUUAAAUUGUGCCCCUCCAAUAAAUCAGACUACUGUUCAGUUCAAUGCUGUUUACCUGGGAAUAUGUGAAUGUUAAUAGGCCUACUACUGUAUAUUUCAGGCUCCUCUGUGGUUGUGGGCGUGUAUUGACGUUUGAUUUAGAGAGAUUUGAACGCUUCCUGGUUUAACACGUUGUAAUAGUUAUAUUACAUACUGUACUGUACCUCACCAGGAGGCGAAGUAGCCUAUUAUACCGUGUUAGAAAUAGCACCAAAUCGGACACCGAAUAGGCGCUUCGUUCCCCCCUGUCCUCCACUUUUGACAGAACGCCCCGAGCGCACUUUUAAUGAUGCGUAACUGACGCGCGGUCAUCAACGGACAUUCUUCCUGAUGUCACUUCUCAACAUGCGGACCACCUGUUUUAUGGCCGUGAUCUUGUGGCUCACAACUGGUUCAUCUCGUUGUCAAACACCAAUUCCCAAUGUUCACGGAGGGUUAGGUGCAGUUCUGGGGGUGUCCAACGCCAGCGUCCUCCUGCAAGACCCCAGCUCUGAGACACUCUACCUGGGAGCCAGAGGCUCCAUUCUGGCACUGCACACCUCCAACCUCACCUGGAAACACCCAUCAAUUAAGUGGGAGGCAACAGAAGAGGAGAGGAAGUCCUGUAUGGGUAAAGGCAAGAGAGUGGAUGACUGUUAUAACUACAUCUGUCUGCUGGAGGUUCUGAAGGAUCUACGUCUGUGGCUCCUACGCCUACAAUCCCAAGUGUGCUUUCAUAGUCA